AUGGUCAAUGUUCCAGGCAGAAGCAAAGGAUGUGUGACAUGUCGCAAGCGCAAGAUCAAGUGCGAUGAAUCAUAUCCAGCAUGCUCACAGUGCUUGAAGAUGGGCUUGAACUGCCCUGGAGCCCGAACAGGAGCCUUCUUCGUGCAUGCCCUACCAGAGUCGACAUCAACUAAGUCGAUAGCGAAGCGAGUGCCGAUAGAUUUGACGGCCCCAUCAAUGGCCAGCGAGGCUCAUUUGUGGAGUUAUGACCAAUACUUAGCUCCUCGACUACCAUCAUAUCACCAGCCGUGCCGGGCAGAUCUCUUUGAUCAACUUUUUGUCUCCCAUUUUAUCGAGUCAUUUGGCUUCAAGGAAUCUACAGCUAAUAGAACAUCGUCAACCUGGCUAGACAAGCUAGCCUUUUUCAUCACAUCGCCAUAUCCACCACUCGUCAAAAACUCUAUCAGAGCUGGUUCGAUGUUCUUCUAUGGCUCAUUAGUGGAUGACGUUUCUAUAUGCAUCGAAGCCAAUAAGUGGUAUCUCAAGGCCCUCCAUGGACUGCGAUGUCUACUAUCCCUGCAGACAGGCGUAUUCACUGGUGAUAUAAUUUGUUCGGCUGUGAUGCUCGCUCAUUUUGAGACUACUGCCGGGACGUCCGGCGAGGCAUGGUUCCAGCAUGUACAGGGUGCAGCAAGGAUGCUCGAAUCUGGCGGACUAGCAAGUUGUCGAGAUGGAUUCCUACACCAGCUCUUCAGGCAUCUGAGGCUCUUGACCUUCACGGCCGCGUUGUUCAAAAGCCAGCAGCAUGUCUUCUCCUCCCAGGACUGGCUGAGAAUUCCAUUUGAAGUUCACUCAAAGACUGCGUUUGACGAAUUUGUGGAUAUCUUACUCUCUCUGUUACCAUGUCUAAGCGUGGCGAGUGAGAUGAUAGAUUCUGCGGACGAAAGAGCCGAUCAACUCAAAACUAAGCUGACCAAGCUUGUCGGAGCUUUAAUGUCACAACUACAUGUUUGGUGGACAAAGUGCAUCUGCUCAACCAACUUUAUUGAAGCGAAUGCUGUACAGUGGAUGGGAACUUCAAGGGAUGGAUUCCAAGAUCUUUACGGUGAUCCCGAGCAUUUCCCGCUAAUCCCUUACGUGGACAUGCCGACCGCUUCACUAGCGGCACUAUUCCACGCAGUCAAUGUCAUCAUCUUGCGGCUGUCAUUUGUCGUCUCACCAACUGCGAAUCUAUAUGAAAACAGAAUUCAGCGACAUGUCAAAUCGAUAUUGUUGGCGAAGGAUUUCGUUGCGACAUUUCCUAGCCCUGCUUCUAGCCGUGGGUCAGUGAUGGUGGGAUUACCGCUCAAGAUUAUCAGCAUUUGGAGUCCACCGGAAAUGGGACUUAGUGCUGAGGAUCUUUUGCCGGGACUUGACGGCCAGAAUGAAGACAAUGGAAGCUAUUCGAUUUCCUCGAGAGAACUCUUUGGAGAUGUGGCUUCCUACAUACUACAACGUUACAAUCCGGGGGUUCCCGCAUGA